AUGGAGAAGAUUAAAGAGAAACUCAACAACCUCCGCAUUGAAGCUGAUUCCAACCUUGAAAGGGCUGAAGUUUCUGAGGAACGUGUAAAGAAGCUUGAACAGGAUUCCCUUCAAAGGGAACAAGAAGUUCAAUCCCUUCAACACAAACUCAGUCUCGCUGAAUCUGACAACGAUUCCCUCGAAUCUCGUCUCAAUGACUUGAAAGGUUUCAGAGACGAGGAAGACGCUCACCGCACAAACGCUGAAGCUUUACAUCGCAAAAUAGCCCUCUUAGAAGACGAACUCGACAACUCUGAAAAGAAUUUGAAAGACGUCACUGAAAAACUCCGUCAAGUUGACGUCAAAGCUGAGCACUUUGAACGCCAAGUACAGCGCGUUGAACAAGAACGUGAUGCCUGGGAGAAAAAGUAUGAAGACUCUCAAGAAAAGUUGGGUUCGAUGAAACGUGAAUUAGACGAAGUUAUCGCUCAAAUGAACUCCCUCUAA